AGACUCGGCGCGCCCGCCGCGGAUUGGCUGGCGGGCGCCGGUGACGUCAUCCUCCGAGGCCGGCGAUUAUUUUGUCGCAGGGCUGUGACGAGAGGAGGGAAGAUGGCGGAGAGGAAGCGGCGAUCGCGGAGAAGCAGCAGCAGUUCUAGCUCCAGCUCCUCAUCUUCCAGCAGCGAGGGCGAGAAGCGGCCGAAGCGGGAUGAGGAGCAGCAGCCGCCGCCGUCGUCGCGGCGGGAAGCAGAGGAGGAGGAGGAAGAAGAAGAAGAAGAGGCCUGGAUCGGUCCUCUUCCCACCGAGGCCUCCCAGACCAAGAAGCGAAAAGUUCUUGAGUUUGAACGAGUUUACUUGAACAAUCUUCCAAGUGCUUCGAUGUAUGAGCGCAGCUAUAUGCACAGAGAUCUCAUCACCCACAUUGUAUGCACCAAGACGGACUUCAUCAUAACAGCAAGUCAUGACGGGCAUGUCAAGUUCUGGAAGAAAGUGGAGGAAGGAAUUGAAUUUGUGAAACAUUUUCGCAGUCAUCUAGGGGUGGUAGAGAGCAUUGCGGCUAGUGCUGAAGGAGCACUCCUGUGCACAGUAGGGGAGGACCAAGCAAUGAAAGUCUUUGAUGUCGUCAACUUUGACAUGAUUAACAUGCUGAAGCUUGGCUACCACCCCGGCCAGUCCGAGUGGGUGUACUGCCCUGGAGAUGCCAUCUCGGCAGUAGCAUGCUCUGAGAAGAGCACAGGGAAGAUCUUUGUGUAUGAUGGGCGUGGAGACAAUAAACCCAUGCAUGUGUUUGAGAAGCUGCACUCCUCUCCCCUAACUGCAAUCCGACUAAACCCUGUGUACAAAGUGGUUGUGUCAUCGGACAAGAGCGGGAUGAUUGAGUACUGGACUGGGCCUCCUCAGGGCUACAAAUUCCCCAGAAAUGUCAACUGGGAAUUCAAAACGGACACCGACCUCUACGAGUUUGCCAAGUGCAAGACCUGCCUCACAGGUAUCCAUUUUUCCCCGGAUGGUACAAAGAUAGCCACCAUUGGAUCUGACCGGAAAGUUCGAAUCUUUCGGUUUUUAACAGGGAAACUGAUGAGAGUGUUUGACGAGUCUCUGAGUAUGUUUACGGAGUUACAGCAGAUGCGUCAGCAGCUCCCGGACAUGGAAUUUGGGAGGCGGAUGGCAGUGGAGCGGGAGCUGGAGAAAGUGGACGCAAUUAAAUUAAUCAAUGUCAUUUUUGAUGAGACGGGCCACUUUGUGCUGUAUGGGACAAUGCUGGGCAUAAAAGUUAUUAACAUAGAAACCAACAGGUGCGUGCGUAUCCUGGGUAAGCAGGAAAACAUCAGGGUGAUGCAGCUUGCCUUGUUCCAGGGGGUGGCCAAGAAGCAUCGUGCUGCUACUACAGUGGAGAUGAAGGCCUCCGAUAAUCCCGUCCUCAUGAGUAUUCAGCCAGACCCCACCAUCGUGUGCACCGCCUUUAAGAAAAAUCGCUUUUAUAUGUUUACCAAGCGAGAUCCCGAAGACACAAAAAGUGCAGACUCCGAUAGAGAUGUUUUCAAUGAAAAACCAUCAAAGGAAGAAGUGAUGGCAGCCACACAGGCCGAAGGGCCGAAACGUGUCUCUGACAGUGCGACCAUUCACACCAGCAUGGGGGAUAUUCAUGUCAAACUGUUUCCGGUUGAAUGCCCCAAGACGGUGGAGAACUUCUGUGUGCACAGCCGCAAUGGUUACUACAACAGUCACGUGUUUCACCGACUCAUAAAGGGCUUCAUGAUUCAAACAGGAGACCCUACUGGCACAGGAAUGGGUGGAGAAAGUAUUUGGGGUGGAGAGUUUGAAGACGAGUUCCACUCCACCCUAAGACAUGACCGUCCCUAUACUGUCAGUAUGGCCAAUGCUGGUGCUGGUACCAAUGGCUCCCAAUUCUUCGUAACAGUAGUGCCAACUCCUUGGCUAGACAACAAACACACAGUCUUUGGGCGGGUAACCAAAGGAAUGGAAGUAGUCCAGAGGAUCUCCAAUAUGAAGGUUAACCCGAAGACGGAUAAACCUUAUGAAGACAUCACUAUCAUUAGCAUCACUGUCAAGUAACAUGUUUUUAAUCCUGUGGUAUAUGUACAUAAGUGAUUGUGAUUUUAUAUAUUGUUGAGUGCACAUUCAAUUGACAGCGUUGACUAUAUUUUAUUAAAAAAAA